GAGUAUUUUUGACAAUGAAUGCUGGAAAGUCUACUGAACCUGUUGAACACACAAGUAAACAAGUUGCUACUAGCUCGAAUCAUCAUGAAGAAAGAACAGAGGAAGCUUUCUAUCCACCGGAAAGGUCAGUUUGUGUUUGCCCCUUGCCAACAUCCAUAUCGCGAGCCGAAUUAGUAUGCUUCCUCCAUCAAUUUGGAACAGUUAAAAGAGAACAAUUCAGACGCAAAUCUUUCAUCAUUGAAUAUUAUAAUAGUAAACCUGUUGAGCUAUUGUUGAGUAAAGUACAUUGGUUUCAAGGGGAAAAAUUAUGUCUAAGAAGGAAAGGUGAAUUCGAUAAUGAAACGAUCCCAAAGAAAAAGAAGCAUUCACCGUCACAGAUAGAAGCAGCCAAGAAGGCGGCGGAAAAUGCAGAUCCAAUCAGUUACGUCAAUAUAAAUCAUGUUCUUGACAAUAAGGUGGCUUUCGACAAGGAAAUGACAGCGCUGUUGAAUGAAAUACAACUCAGCAACGAAGAAUUGAUGGGUAGAUACAAGGUUAUCUGUCCACAUUUGAACGAGAUAUUCAGGCCGACUUUUCCGGAAUGUCAAAUCUUCAGCUUCGGUUCGACGGUGGCAGAAUUGAGUUUUAAAGAAUGUGACUUGGACAUCUACAUGUAUCUCGGCAGAGUUGGUUUACCACCUAUCUUCAAUCAACCGAACGUGCCACAGCAAAUGAUAACCGCGAUGAUCUUCAAGAAAGUGAGGAAAGUCAUGUAUAGCUUGAGAUACAUCUUCACCGACAUAAUAGCGAUCCCUAAAGCGAAAACGCCUAUUAUCAAGUUCCGUUAUCUACCGACCAACGUUUGUUGCGACAUCUCUUUCAAGAACGGCCUAGGGGUUUACAAGAGCCACUUCUUAAAGUAUUGUGCGACGCAUGAGCCCCGGCUGAAGCCGCUCAUGUUGCUGAUCAAAUAUUGGGCGAAGCAUCUCGGGAUCUCAGGCGGCGGCAGGAUCUCCAACUACGGUUUGGUGUGCCUGGUCAUCUUUUACUUUCAGAAUGUCAAUCUUCUACCGCCGUUGUUGGAGCUGCAGAAGAAUUGCAGACCGGUGGUCAUAAACGGCUGGCAGGUGAAUUUCAACGAGAAUACGCCAAUACCGCCCACCACCAAUAACUGCAGUAUCCCGCAGUUGUUACACGAUUUCUUCUCCUUCUACGCCGAGUUCACCUUCAAUUCAUUUGUCUUGUGUCUGUUGGACGGGAAGAUAUAUCGGGCGAUUGAGUUUGGGCAGGUGCACAACUUGCCCAAUUACAUGAACAGAUACAAGAGCUACGUCUUGGAGAAUAACGCCAGGAAAUUGGACGUGAAUAGGCCGAUGUGCGUUCAAGAUCCGUUCGAGCUCGAUCAAAAUACAACCGCGAUCACGUCCGAGCGCGUCUUAGUGGCGUUUCAGCGUUGCUGCAUGUUCAGCCUCGACGUUUGCAAUGCCGUCCGUGAAAAGAAUUACGAUAACUUACUGAAGACGUUGUUCGGCACAGUGCCUCCGAACAUGGUGCCACCGAAGAAGAAGAAGAAAGUCUACAAAGGAGUAAUCACCGUUGGCCGAUCCAUCAAGGCCGGAUUACCGGAGGAUUUCGAGCAGCGCACGGACAUCGUCGACAAGGAUCAGUACAUAAGGGAAAACUGGUACCACGUGGUCUUCAAUCUGAUCAAGGAUAUUUAUGAGAAAGUCUUCAAGUUGCAAGUUAACGUAUUUCUCGACCUCGAGACGAAGCAGAAGCAGAUCGAGCCGUUGUCACAUAUGCACAUCAGGAACAAUCAGACAAUCACGUUCCACUGUGCCGGCAACCAAUGCGUAUGGAAGAACAGGAAGAAGAAUAACAAAACGCUCUUGGACGUACAGUUGAGCGCGCUGGAGAAAGAAGCGAUCGUGUCGGAUAAAGUAUUGGAGCAGCUCAGCAAGCAGAACAACGAUGGCGCACAAUUGCUGAGUUUCAUCUGCGCAUUGGAAAAAAAGGUGGAUCCAGUGGCGGUGGCUAUUACGAUGCACGACGAGAGUGCUGAUAAGAGCGUUUACCGGCAGUUUGAGUGCUUCGCGGAUAGUAUGACCUCGAAGAUAAUCGAGAAAACGUUGUUGCACAUGUUGCAAUUUCAAAAGACCUACAGCCAAUUGCUGCAAAACAAACAGCCAUGAUGGUCCUAAGGACAUGAUGUGCGUUACAGUCUUUCCUAUAGUGCGCACGGACCAAAAGUCUAACGACUGGAACAAUAUAGAUGUGUUGUACCAGCAGAUUAAAAGGCAUUGUAAUAUAAUUUGAAUCAUGUUAAAUUAUCUUGGGAGAUAAUUCUUUGGGAUCUCAAAGGACAAUGUUUGCGUGUAAAAUACAGGUCAGGAUUAUGGGUUGCGUAAUAAUGUUCUCUGAUAUUGCGUUUAACACUGCUGGACUUUUAUUUUCUGUUUUCUACAUCUGCGACGUACACUACGUGAAAGUCGUCUAUCAUUUUGUUAUAGUUAUUUAUUUUACUAUGAAAUUGGUAUUAAUUUUACUUUUUUCUUUUUGGAGAUAAAGACGCAAAGCUUCUAUCAAGUGCUCCAAUCAGCGUUCGGUUCUUGCAGCAGUGGUGAGAUGUAUUUUUGCAAGACUAUUAUGAUCUUUAUGAUAUUGUAUAUACACGAAGUACAUGCAACACAUUAUUCUUUCGUCACGUUACAUGGUCGUGUGUUAUUUCCAAGCAUGACCGUAAAGAAGUAAACUUUUGUAAGAAUUAAAAAGCAUAUUCGUACGGAAACCCGAUGUAAAUCCACCUCAGCUUAUUUAUUUUAUGUUUUCUUAUCAGUUUCGGGUGCUUCGCAUCACGACACCUUCCCGUGGAGUGGUUCUAUUUGAACACUAAAAUUAUCAAACUUUGUCGAGUAAUCGGUUUGUAAUUUUUUCUUAUAAAAAAGUUACUCCAAUUUUUAAUAGUACAUUCUUUGAGAUUAAUCGUAAUUUUUGUUGUAAUGUGUGAACGAAUAAAUAUUUUUUCCUGUG